UAAUGAUCAAGUGAUGUCUCUCCUGCCAUCCAUCCAUACAACAAAACACAAAUCGAGAGUUCCAGGCUAUGCUGUGUCUCUAGAGAGACCGUCAGAGGAGGGGAGAGGGAUGGAUGGACGAGUGGACAGACACAUGCUCCUAGAAUGCGAGCCCCAGGGUUAGGCUUUCAGACCCAGCUCUGCCCAUUGGCACGGGCCCCCCAGAAUCUCCUUGCAGGCAAGAGUAUUCAGGUCUCCUGCUUGUGUAGGGUCCUGCUGAAGUCAAGUGGCAGCUUUGAGCCUGUGGGGUGAUGCAGAGGUGGAAUGAAGUGUGGCUGCAGUGUGAAAUCCCUUGGGCCCCCUAGCAUGUGGGGCAGAGGGUGGCUGCUUUACUGAUUCUCUGGUGCCAAAGCCUGCCUGACCCACUGCCCUGCCCGACCCCAAUGUGCCAGGCUCUCCUACACCAGGUGACUGCUCCAGCCCCACUAGCAACUGCCCCUCAAGCGGUGGCAGACUGCUUCCUGGCUGUGUGCUAACCAAAUCCCAGGUGCCUGUCGCUGCAGAGGAAGGAGCAGCACAACGAUGCCUCCCAGAGGACGGAGCACUCCUGUCUCUGGCUACUGGCUGGAAACAAACAGAGGUGUCCCAAAAUGCCUGGAUCCCUCCAGCUCAGCUCCAAUGAGUCACCAGCCCCCAGCCAGGCUCCUGGCAGCGAGGAGAAAGCCAAAGCCGAGAACGCCAAGAAGGUGGUGGAGGAGGAGGAGGAGGAGAUAGACAUCGACCUGAACGCGCCCGAGACUGAGAAGGCCGCGCUUGCCAUCCAGGGCAAGUUCCGUCGCUUCCAGAAACGGAAAAAGGACCCCAGCCCCUGAGCAGCUCUGCCACCCCGUCCCCACAGUCCCCCAUCCCCCCUCUGCCAGCACAGCCUGGCUCGCCCUAUGUUUGCUCGCUCCUGCCUAGCCCAGCUUGGGCUGUUGGUAUUUUGCACGUUCUAUGUACCUGGUUUUGGGGGAUGAGGGGCUCCCCAGUCCCAGCUGCACCCACAUGCCGGGCUCCUGCCUGGGGAAGUGGGAGGGGGGCGUCCUCUUCUUAUAGCCAUGAUGUUGGCCCGGCAGGCUCCUGGUGCCAUCCUCACAAAGCCAUGAAGGGGCCAUGGGCCCCAGGCUGGACAGUGCCUCCUGGGGGCCUCAGGCUGGGGUGGGCAGCCCUGGGAGAGUCCUGGGCUGGAAUUCAGAGCCACUCAGACGUAACUGCCCAUUAGCCCUGGCCAAGCCAACUCAUGGCAUGAGGGGUCUGCUCUUGAGCAUCCCCCAUCCUGAGUGGACACCCCUGAGCCACCCCACCCUGUCCUAAGAGGGGGCUGCUCCUUAGCUCCCCCACACCUCCAUCCUGAGCAGCUUCCCAUCAACCCCGGCCCAUGGGAUCACCCACUCCCACCAGACCCUGACUGGCACAGCCAGCGGCCCAGGGCCAGAUAGGAAGUGGGGGUGCAGAGCCAAGGAGAGCUUCAGAAAGGGGCCCAGAGCCAUGCAGGGGGAGGGGAAGGGUCAUAAAGCCAGAUGGGGGGGAUCAGAGCCAAGUAGACCCAGGACUAUGAGGGGCAGACAGGGCUAGUGGGUGGGGGACAGGGCCUAGGGCAAGGCUAGGAGGGGGAAGGGCCCUAGGCUGGGGACGGGGGAGGGCUUCAGGGUGCCCCCAGUCCUGUGGGACCAGGCCAGAACUGCAGCUAAACAGGGCAGGCCCCACCAAAUUUCCAGGCUCCCCCAGGGCCAGGCAGGGGAGGGAGUCUGGGGUCAGGAUGGGGGAGAGGGACAAGGUCACCUUUCCCUUCAGGAUUUUCUUAGAUAACAGGGGCCGGAGGCAGCUGGUGACCACUCCCCUGGGCUGGUGUUGCCUGGGGCUGGGGACAGAGGUGACCGUGGGGUGGGGUGUGUGGGGAGGACGUCAGGGCCCUGCUGGGGAGCAGGAGCCAGGCUUUGAUCUGCUCCGGCCAGGUGGGGAGCUCCUGCUCUGGGCCCCACAUAAUGGGCACAUGGUGUGUCAGCACCGGCUCCCUGGAGACCCCUCUCCCACUAGGAACAAGGGGGACUCCACCCCCCCAACUGGGAACAAUGGAGACCGUCCCCCAUUGGGGGACAGUGGGGAUCCCUUCUCAUACAGAGAACAAUGGGGACCUCCCCCCCAUGGGCAUAGUGGAGACCCCUGUCCCCCACUGAGAACAAUGGGGACUCCUGUCCCCUCCCCCACUGGGAACAAUGGAGCGCAGUGGGCCUGGCUGGGUGCCAAGGUGUGGGGAGGGGAAGGACACUGGGGCACUAGGGAUUGGGGAGCAGGCAUGAGCAGGGCACAGCUGUGAGCAGGCGGGGGUAGCAGAAGGCAGCUGGAGUGGGGGAGGGGGAUCGGAGAUGAGGGCUGGACAGAGAGAAAGGAACAAAUGAGUCAGAGCUGGAGGGGGUGGCAUUUCCCAGUGGGGCUAGCAGAGGGGAGCGCCAGGCACUGGGAGCCCAGGCAGUGCCCCCCCCCCAAUUAAGAGAGGCACUGAGUCCCUCCCAGCUUAGGCAGGAACCCUGGGGGGGUCCCGCUCCCCCUUCCUGGGCCCCAUCCGUGCAGAAUCUCAGCCGCCUGUUCUCCUCCACCCAUGCCCCUCUCAAGCCUUGGGCCGACACCAUCCCACCGCUGUGCCCUCUGCUGCUGGCACAGCCCCUCCACCCCCCCCCCCCCCGCAUCCAGCACUGUAAGCUAAGCGUUCCCCAGCAUUGGAUUCAACCCGCCUCCUCCCCAGCCCGCCGGGAGCUGCAGCCCGAGCACCAGGGACCGCAGUGCAGCUGUUUGCGAUUGGAGGGGCCAGGCCACACCGUCCCCUGGCCGCAGCGCUGGAGGGGCGGGGGCACUCCUGCCUGGGGAGAUGAUGUGGCCCACAGGGCGGACACAGCUGCUGCGAGGACUGGCUCUUUUAGCAUGUUUAUGUAAUAAAAUGUCUGGAAACAG